AGAUCAUGUACACGAAUGCUUUCUUUCCCUCUUCUCUGCAGGUGUUGGCAGAAAACCUCACCAUGAUUACUGAAUUCUUGUUGUUGGGUUUUUCAAGCCUUGGUGAAGUUCAGCUUGCUCUCUUUGUAGUUUUUCUCUUCCUAUAUCUAGUUAUUCUCAGUGGCAAUGCUACUAUUAUCAGUGUCAUUCGCCUGGAUCAGAGCCUCCACACACCAAUGUACUUUUUCCUUGGUAUUCUCUCAACAUCUGAGACCUUCUACACCUUCGUCAUCCUACCCAAGAUGCUCACCAAUUUACUUUCUGUGGCCAGGACAAUCUCCUUCACCUGUUGUGCCAUUCAAAUGUUUUUCUUCCUUGGUUUUGCUAUUACCAACUGCUUGAUGUUGGGUGUAAUGGGUUAUGAUCGCUAUGCUGCCAUUUGUCACCCUCUGCAUUACCCCAUCCUUAUCAGUUGGCAGGUAUGUGGAAAACUGGCAGCUGCCUGUGGGAUUGGAGGCUUCUUGGCCUCACUUGCAGUGGUAAAUUUGGUUUUCAGCCUCCCUUUCUGUAGUGCCAAUAAGGUCAACCAUUACUUUUGUGACAUUUCACCAGUCAUUCGCUUGGCUUGUACUAAUACAGAUGUUCAUGAAUUUGUUAUAUUCAUCUGUGGGGUUCUUGUACUUGUGGUUCCCUUUUUCUUCAUUUGUGUUUCUUACGUCUGCAUUCUGAGGACUAUCCUGAAGAUUCCAUCAACUGAGGGUAAACAGAAAGCCUUUUCCACCUGUGCUUCUCACCUCACUGUUGUAGUUGUUCACUAUGGCUGUGCUUCCUUCAUCUACCUGAGGCCUACAGCAAACUAUGCAUCCAAUAAGGACAAGCUGGUGACAGUGACUUACACCAUUGUCACUCCCUUACUAAACCCCAUGGUAUACAGCCUCAGAAAUAAGGAUGUCCAACUUGCUAUCAGAAAACUGUUGGGCAAGAAAAAAAUCUCUAAAACCAUAUAA